AAAGAGACACAUGGACUCUGGUGAGCCUUAUCCAUCCACAACCCCAAGACCUGCUGGCUUCACCAUGAAAGCCUUCACAAGCUUGGUGGCAGUGUUCGUUAUCGCACAGCUCGUUGGGACAGUGCUUUUUGGCUUAUAUCUUCACAUGAAGGUGGACAAGGUCGGAGAUGAGAUCAGCCUGCGGGAAGAUUUUGUGUUCCUCAGAAGACUACAGAAGUGUCGGAAGCCACAAGACGGUGAUGCAACCCUCCUGGACUGCGCAAAGAUACUGAGCAGCUUGCAGGACCUACUACAGGAUCAAAAGAGCAAGAUUCAACAAGAAAGCCUCCUAGCCAAGAGAACAGGUGACAAAAGGCAAGCUGCGAGCAUCCACCUGGCUGGCUGGAAGGGCAGCAAGAGAGUUUUGCAGUGGAAAAGGCCACCCUAUUCUCCAAUGGAUAAUGACACAUUUUCAUACCAAGAUGGGAAAAUCAAAGUUGGCAAAAGAGGACGGUACUAUAUUUAUUCCCAGGUUGCCUUUUGCACCAAGCCAGAGACGCAUGCAUCAUUCAGCCUCUACGUAUAUCUGAACCUUCCAUCAGAGGCAGAUCAGCUGCUGUUGAAAGGAGUGGGGACUCACGGCACAUCAGAUGAUCUGUGCAGCCUGCAGUCAAUUCAUGUAGGGAGAGUUGUUGAGCUCCAGGAAGGUCAUGUCAUCUUUGUCAAUGUGACGGACUUAUCUAGAGUGAAUUAUGACCAUGGAUAUACAUACUUCGGUAUGUCUGAACUAUCCUAGGAGAGGCUGAGAAGAUGGAGCUUUGUUGAACAAAGCUGGUCCCCCAAAUCCUAUUUAUAAUAACCCACUUCAUAUUUUGUUUUAUUUUUCCUUCCACCCUGUAUAUUUUAUUUUAUUUAUUAAUGAGAGCUGGAGCAUGGCUCCUCAGAACCAAAAUGUAAUACUGGAAAGCCAGGCUUCAACAGAUGCAGCACAGGUGUCAGAAGUUGCACUGGGCUUGUUGAUACGCUCCAUCCUAAGCACUUGUGUGCUGGCACAACAAGUCUUGGGAUUGCUUUUCACAUUGCUUCCACUUCCAGAGCUACUAGCCAAAUAGUUAGAAAAAUCAAAAUGCAACUCAUACUUUUCAGACAUGACACACAUAUCAUGGGGGAAAGCCCAUAGCUGAGUGGUGCAUGCUUUGCAUGCAAAAGGUCCUAAAUUCCAUUCCUGGCAUCUCAGAAUGGGGCGAGGGGAAACCUCUACUUGAAAGCCUGGAGAGCCAUGGCAAGUCAGAAUAGGCAAUACUGAUCAAGCUGUAGCUUUUGAGCUCUUAUUUUAGAAGCUACCACUGCAAAAGCAGCAAUUUUCCAACUCACCUUUAGCGUCACGGUCUUGACGUACAUAUGAUGCAGAGUUGUGUAACAUUAUUUUCCAAGACAGGAAAGAGCAUGUUAUGUGCAAGAGAUCUGACUGAAUAAGAGAACUUCACAAGCAGAAGGAGCUGCAGAUGACAAUGCUCAUGCAGCCCUUCCUGAACUUUAUGGAUGCCCCCGAGUCCAGCUAUCCCACGAUAUGCAUCUCACUAUCCCAAGUCGCAACUGGCAUGCAGAAAGCGCAGUAUAUGCUGGCUUGUGGGUCUUGUGCGGAGAGCUCAGGCAGAUCUUCCAUAGCAAUCCCACAUCCCAAAUGUAUGAGUGUACUUAAUGAUCAGUCUUUUUAUAAUGACCUUCCUAUAAUUUUUGUGAACAAUGUUUGAAACCUUGCUUAAUUUAGUGCAGUUCCUCCUUUGCAAGUUAAGUUGGAAAGAGAAAACAGUCUCUAAAAGAACUAAAAGUGUUUUGAAAAAGGUUCACUUCCCACAAGAUAUUCAGAUGCUUCUUUUGCCCCCAUUGUCACCUCUGGUCAAAGAGGUUUGGCAAGUUUUCAAAAGCAUAAAACCCUACAAAACCUAUUUAGCCUAGGUCAUAUGUGCAAUGAGUUUAUGGACCAUGAGUGCCAAUCCCUCUUUCAA